ACUUUUCGGUCACCGCUUUCGGGGAUCACACAAAUACUACAGAUGCCCAAUAGAGGGGCACGCGGGUCUGGAGGCACAGCUAGGAUAUAUAAAUAUAUUUUUUGUCACCAUAUCCUCCGCACGUGCAGAGAGCAGGCGUAAAACACCAUGAAAGAGAGGUGUUGUCAAUGAUACUCGACGACCGGUCGCCGGGCACCGCAGUCCAGGGCGCUGUCCCCGCGCGCUCCGAUGGGACGAGAGACGCCAGCCCCAGGGUAACCAGAGGCGCGUCGCCGGCCGCGCGCUGGAAGCUGUGAUCCGGUGCCAGGUUCCGCCACCGGGUACCGCCGCGGCCGCAGCGACCCGACCCGGCUGGACAGGCCAGAGGAAUCAGUCUGGAUUUGAAAUUUGGUUUUUCCUGGGACUGAUCACAAGUUAGUGACAACUGGAUUGGAUCUACUUUUUUGCCAGGAGCCCAUUUUUACAGCUCUCAAGUUUUUAUAGAAUGCUGUAAACAAUUGUCAAAGUUGUUUUUCAAGAAACUGAAAGAGUUGCAACUUCUUUCCAGUAACAGAAACUUUUAUAGUUGCAUUCAAUGCCUAACAUUGUAGAAACAGAAAGGUCAAACGAUUCUGGAAAUGGCGAGCACAAAUCUGAGAGAAAGUCUCCUGAAGAGAAUUUUCAAGGUGCUGUAAAAUCUUUCUGCACAAGUGCCUCAGGAGCACCCUUGGGUCCCAAAGGGGAUGGCCACUAUCCGUGGAGCUGUCCAGUGACUCAUACUCGGGAAAAAAUUUAUGCCAUCUGCUCAGACUAUGCCUUUCUCAACCAGGCAACCUCAAUCUAUAAAACUCCAAAUCCAACCCGUUCUUCUUGCCUCACUGAUAGUACCUCUUUAUCUGCUGGAAAUAAUUCAUCAAGAUAUGUUGGUAUCCCGACAAGUACAUCUGAAAUCAUCUAUAAUGAAGAAAAUAGCUUGGAAAACUUAUCCAAUACCCUGGGCAAGCUACCUCUCGCAUGGGAAAUUGAUAAAUCUGAAUUUGAUGGGGUGGCCACAAAUUUGAAGCACAAAUCAGGCAAUGCAAAGAAACAAAUUUCCAAGAAAAAAACUUCAGAUAAAAAAGGAAGACAUCAGAGAGAGUGUCUUCAGCAUUCUCCUCUUGAAGAUAUUAAGCAGCGGAAAGUAUUAGACCUCAGACGAUGGUACUGCAUAAGCCGACCACAAUAUAAGACAUCUUGUGGUAUCUCCUCAUUAAUUUCUUGUUGGAAUUUCUUAUAUAGCACAAUGGGAGCUGGAAAUCUUCCACCUAUUACCCAAGAAGAGGCUUUACAUAUUUUGGGCUUUCAACCUCCAUUUGAAGAUAUUAGGUUUGGCCCUUUCACUGGAAAUACGACACUCAUGAGAUGGUUUAGACAGAUAAAUGACCACUUCCAUGUAAAAGGAUGCUCGUAUGUUCUAUACAAGCCUCAUGGGAAAAAUAAAACAGCUGGAGAAACUGCUUCAGGGGCCUUGUCAAAGUUAACGCGUGGAUUGAAAGAUGAAUCACUGGCUUAUAUCUAUCAUUGCCAGAAUCAUUAUUUUUGUCCAAUUGGCUUUGAGGCAACCCCUGUUAAAGCUAAUAAAGUAUUCAGCAGGGGUCCUCUCUCACCACAAGAAGUAGAGUAUUGGAUCUUAAUUGGAGAAUCAAGUAGAAAACAUCCUGCCAUUCACUGUAAAAAAUGGACAGAUAUUGUUACUGAUCUAAACACUCAAAAUCCAGAAUACCUAGAUAUCCGGCACUUAGAGAGGGGACUGCAGUAUCGAAAAACAAAGAAGAUCGGGGGAAAUUUGCAUUGCAUCAUAGCAUUCCAGAGACUUAAUUGGCGAAGAUUUGGCCUUUGGAACUUUCCGUUUGGAACAAUUAGACAAGAAUCACAACCUCCAACACAUGCCCAGGGAAUUGCCAAAUCUGAGAGUGAAGACAAUAUUUCAAAGAAGCAGCAUGGGCGUAUGGGCAGGUCUUUCAGUGCUAGUUUCCAUCAGGACUCAGCGUGGAAAAAGAUGUCUCGUACCCAUGAGAGGAGGAACAGUGGCUACCACGGUUACAGUGAUCAUGAUGGGAAUGAUUGAUUACGCUGGGUACUGAAUAACUGGUGUUACACAUACAACUGCCGUACACAGGACUGUUGUUUAGAUAGUAGAAGAUUUUAUUAAGUCUACACUAAAUAGGAACAGAUCUUUUGGUACAAAACAUAACCUUGUAGUUCUCCAGUUAAUAAGCUUGUAUAUGAUUAGGAUGGGUGAUUUCAGAUACUCAUAUAUAAGCAGAUAAGCACAGAUUAUUGUCCUUUUAAAGUUAAGUUUAUAAACAAUCUGGACAGAAGUUUUCAUAGAAUCCAGUAAAAUCACAACUGCUAUCUAAACAAGUCAUAUCAAGUUCACUUAACAGCACCAAGAUUUGAAAUACUUAAGCAUGAACUGAAUUCUUAUGACUUGAUCCCUAGACAUUUGUUACAGAUAGUUUUAUCCCUAAGUUCAAUAUGUAAAGCACCAUGUGCCCUUAGGAAAAAAAAAAUGGGGCUGUUGAUUUCUAGUUUUUGCUCAUGGGUGAAGCUUAUUUAAAAUUAUUUUGUGAGUCUAUUAGUUAUUUUACUUGUAAGCAGAUCUUGCCUGCCUCAUUUGUUUCCUGGUUGACUUUCUCAGGAUUCUCAAAAAAGAGGCAAGAGAUUCAAGAAACUGCUUUUUCUAUUGGUGCAUAAGGGCAACUUAAUGCAUUGAUUUAGGUAUUCAUGACUUUCUUGACUUGGUAUAUAUUACUAUCAAACAUUGACAAGAACCUUAGGUCUUGAAAGACUUUGGUAAGUCUAGAAUAAACCCUGUUUUAGGGAUCGAGUAAAAGAAGUGGCAUCUGAAGUUUCUAUACCCAAAGUAAUCUGUGAAAUGAGAUCUUCUGAUAUUUGAUUGGUCCCUCAGUGUGGAGUCAUGUGUUGAUAAUGGCACUGAAGAUGCGUUAAGAAUACACAAGUCACUCAGAGGGUAGCUGUCUGUAUUCCAGACUCUAAGUUGUUUCCUUUUUAUAAACCAUAAAGACAAUUAGCUGUUUAAAGUGAAUGUUAAAUAUUUCAGAAGUGAGUGUUAAAUGUUUUGGAAGUGUGGGUUUCAUAUUUUUGAGCUCCUCUCUAGCUGCUCUCAAUUUCUCUUCUGCUGUGACUCAUGAAUGACUAGGAUUUCUUGUUGUUUCAUUUCAGGGGCUUGUUUCAGGACUCAAAUCAGUAACUUGGUGAUCACAGGUGCUGAAUAUGUUGGUAAUCAUAUUGCAAUACACCUCAAGGAGAGGGUUCAGAUUUUUAUUUUUAAAAUAUUUUCAUUUUUUUCCUCUUGGAUUUUAUAUCCAUUUAUCCACUCAUACAUGCCUAGCCUACAGAAGGGGAUAUAUAUUACGAAAUGGUCAUUUUUCUGAAGAGAAUAUUUUGCUUGAGAUGCAAAGGACUGAAAGAGAUUUGUAGGUUAUUGAUUUCAUUACUUCAUACUGGAACUUUUAAAAAGUUUUCAUCAAAUAAAAUUUUGUUUUCUACUUUUAA